CAGCAAUUGUCAACCUUCUGAACCACAAGACCAACCACCACCUGUGGCAUACAAAACUCAUUCAUUUUUGCCUCGCCCCCUACGCAGAUUACAAAUCAGGCGUGCGUUUUCCUGUGUGGUUCUGGUGCGGCACUGAAUAAUCGAGGCGCGAUUCCUCAACUCACCAGUGCUUAGAUCAGGAGCCAGCUUACGAAGUUUCUACAACGACUGCCGUCCGCGAUGAGAUCCUCUCUAGAUCCUGCCUACAUCGCUAGGCAGAUCAGCAUGGCGCGCAACAUCGCGCCUGCACCACCACAAGCGAAUGAUACCCGGAACAUAUCCGAGCCUACCCUGCCCGCUGAACAGGUCGCGCCACACAAUGAUCCGCCCCUUGGCCCUCUAGCUUCUGCACAGUCACAGUCGAGCGACACGCAGAACCCCUCUGCUCAGUUACCAAGUGUAAAUAGUGUCAUACGGGUACCGCGACCGUCACCAACAAGCUCUAGACCGCCGUCUCAGCCAAGUCUGCCGCAGAAUGCGGCCUCGUACCCCGUUACACAAGUGCCUGCCCAAUCACAACAUCCUUAUGCGUCGCCCUCUACUCAAAGUCCUUCCCAGCGUUGGGAUGGGGCUGCGCCAGAACGUUCGGGUGAGAGUUCUCAAGCACGUCCUUCUCAAGCAGGACCUCAAAGUUGGGAUGGUACUUCCCAAAGUCUUUAUCCGCCCCCACUGCCUGCUGUUACGCAGACAGCAAUGGUCACGGCUCAAGCAUCAACCCCAGCACAGCAAAUCAGCAAGCCGGCCGCGACAGCGGAUCCAGCACCAAAACGACGACGCCGCUCGUCUUCUUCUAGUACGAGAGGUAGUACCCGUGGCAGAGCCAGGGGGCGUGGUCGAGGCACUGCUGGAGGUAUUGAGAGAGGUAACGGAAGAGGCGGAGGUAGAGGGAGAGGCAGAGGCCGGGGUAGAGGACAGGCGCAACAACCCUCAGUCGGCCGCGAAGAGAAUGGUGCACCACUCUUAGACGCAGCCUCCCACCAAAGUCUGGCUACGACACAGUCUAUGUCACCGCCAGCAAUACUGCCGACUAUACCAGCACCGUCAAGAAGUCCACCUAUCGAGCAAAGUUUCACCGACUUAUCUUAUUCUCAACGGCAACAAGCCGAUGAAGCAGUGGUCAAGAGUCCCUACCCCGAGCCCCCUGCACAUGGCGCGUAUCCUCCCUUGAACAAUGUUCAAGAAGCUGCUGCGACGCCCUAUUACAAUGAAAACCGACAACCUGCUAUACAACAGCACGUAUCUCUGUCAUCUACAGGUGGACUUAACGAACGCCAACUCCACGAUUUUUCACAGUCGACACAGAGGAAUGAUAUUCGUUACCAAGCGCUUGCGGUACAACCGCCGCCGCCGUUACCAUACUUGGCCCCGCCUCAACAGUCGUUGGGCUUCAAUCAACCUCAACAACAGCAGCCAUAUCCAGGGCGUACUGGACAGCCACAUAACGCUUAUUCCACGGAUUUUUGCCCCGGAUUUCAAGGUUCAUUCCAAACUAAGUCGUUUCCGGUGUCAAGCGAAGCCCAAUAUGAGGAGCCUGACGGCGGGACCAUCUCAGAAGAUGACGAUCUAGAGGACGAUGUAGGUGACGAUCCCCUAUUGUCUCAUAUGCAAAAUAAUUUGGCAACUUUCGAGGAUUCAGUGAGGAGCUUUGCGGCAGGCGGGAGUGAGCAGAGCUUGCUUGCUCAAUAUCGAGCAGAACAACAACAGCCACGCGAAAAAAAGGUUAUAAAAAGAGGUCCGCGCAAGGCAGCUGAACCCACUGGCGAUGUAAAACUGCGCUUGAGCCUGGCCACCAAUGCCUUUAUGAGUGGAAAUCUCGAUGAAGCUCUUCAUCAAGUCAACGACGCUAUCAGGCUCAAUGCCGAAAUCGCUCGUUCGUGGUCUCUUUUGUCUGAAAUUCUGCGAGAAAGGGAAGAGUAUAAGCAGGCACUUAUGGCUUCCGUUUGCGCUGCUCAUCUGCAGCCUAAAAUACUAGAGGUUUGGGUCGAGUGUGGUCGAUUCGCUUUGGAACUGAUAGAAGCAGAACCAGACGACGCAGAAGACACUCUGAGAAUUGCUAUCAUGACGUUUUCCCAAGCAAUCAAAAUCCAGCCGGACAACGUGGGUGCGCGCCACACUCGAGCUGCCCUCUACUUGACCAGACAAAGCUUCAAAUUAGCAGUGUCCGAGUACAAUUGGAUAGUUGAGCGAGACCCGUACGAUCUUUCAGCAUUGAGAGGCUUGGCGGAUGCUUCAGUUCAACUAUUUGAAAAUCAACGGCGGUAUUCAGACAAGCUACGUUGGGAGGUACGAGAUGCUUACCUGCGUGCGAUCGAGCACUUCCAAGCUGAGUUUCCCAUGGGUACGAUAAAUGCGGAGCUUCCAUUCACCUGGGAAGACGUGUGUACCUACACAGCACUGCUAUUGCAUAUUGAGCAAUAUGGUGCUGCGUUGCACGCGACACGAUCACUUGCCAGAUGGCUUCUCGGGCGGCGCGAAGAAACAUAUUGGGACAACGUGGAGGAUGAUUGCGAAUGGGAUAUUGGAGACGAGCGCCGCAAAAACGUCUCCUAUUUUGAUCCACACAAAUAUUCAACUGAGACUUAUGGUGCUGGGUUUGCGAUACGGCUAAGAGUCAAUCUAGCAAUUUGCCGUUUACGACUUGAUAGGGACAAUGACGAUGAGGCGAUGCAACAUCUGGAAUUUCUUGAUCCUGCCGACAUCUCCAAUUCUGAAGACGAUUCGGAGCCGGCCGAGCUUUUCCUAGAAGUGGCUUCAGCAUUAUAUGAGACGAAGCGACUUACUAAGGCAUUGCCUUUCUAUGAGCCCCUUAGGCAACAGGAAGAUCUUCUAGAUGCGCUCUCACUAUUUCGUGCUGGAAAAUGUUACUUGGAGAUGGAUGACAGAAGACAGGCAGAACAGUGCUUUUCUGCAGCAUUGGACUUCGAUGAUACACCAUCCGAUGUUCGUGUCAAUGCGCGAUACGAGCUUGCCAAGAUGUACGAGGCUGCGAGGAAGAACGAGGAAGCAUUGUAUCUGCUCGAAGAGGCCAUGGGAAUUGAAAGAGAGCAAAAGGAGUUAUCCGGUGAGUCAGGUGUUGAGCCACCCAGGAGAGAACCCAGACCUCGCAUUAUACGCAGCCUUGCGCCAAAGCCGAUACUUGACAAGCCGCCCGAGGAACCUCGCGCCCCUCGUGAAAGGAAAGCACCUGUUCCUAGGAAACCUCGCGUGCCUGGCGAGAAGAGACAGCCAAGAGAGGGUGUUCGCCGCCAGAGACCCCUAUUGUUUGCUUUGGAUGAAGAUCGGAAGCUCGAGGAAGAACGCAGAGCCACAUACUUGGCGGAGAAGUGGCGCAUCGUACGCGAAGAAAAAGACAGCUCAGAGCAUGGCCCUGGAAGAGGUUGGAUGGCUGCAGCGAAAAUUCUCAUCGAUGACUUCCGUUCCUUCAAAGCGUUCUUUCCUUGGGACAGAUACCUUACCCAGAUGGGCCUAAAGAAAGACGAGUCUGGCUCGUCAGCUAAUCCGCACCUCCUAAAGAUGGCGCAGAGACUUCGAGGCGAGGUAGACGCACAACAGUCGUCGAUUAAUUCUCGAAGGCUGCUUGAGACUACUGUGAGUUAUCGAAAUGUCGAGUUCUCUGAAUGGCUCGAUCUGUUCCUGGAGUUUGCCCUAAGUUUGGCAUAUUCUGGUCGCAUCAAGGAAUCAUAUGAUGUUUGUGAUGCCGCAUUGGCUGCGAACGUCUUCUUCGAAAACCCCGACCAAAAGUUCCUGGCCAAUAUCACCAAAGCAGCAUGUGCCGUCAGAGGACGGGACGAAGAGACGUGCGUUGAGGUAGCGCGUAGCUUUAUGGCCACUUAUCAGUAUUGCUCAGAUGCAUUCCGCCUAUACUCCGCCCUUGGUCGGCUUGUACAUUCAACAGGAACGUGGUUUGCGCAUUCCAAGGUUCAGAAAUUCACCUUGCGUCAGAUCAAGAUGAUGGAUACCAAACUUCUACCUACUGAAUUGAAGACCAAGCAACUUGAUCAAUUUGAUCCGAAGGCAUACCCAGCCAAAGAGCAGGACGUCCAGCUACUAAUGCUUUAUGGACAUAUCCUGUUUAUAUCAAAUAGUUUCACUUUUGCGCUCAAUUACUUCGUGCGAGCCGCCGCCUUGGACCCAGACAACAUCAUGGUCAACAUGGCUAUGGGACAGGCGUUCCUGCAUUACGGUUUGAAGCGACAAACAGAGAACAGGCAGCAAUCGAUUACCCAGGGACUGCUGUUCUUACAUCGCUACUACGAACUGAAACUGGCACAGGCAAUGACGUCAGGUCAGCGGCAGGAGGCGCACUACAAUCUAGCAAGAAGCUAUCAUGCGAUUGGUCUUUCACAUCUUGCGGCUGAGUACUAUAGAAGGGUACUACGAGAGAUUGAGGGCGACGAAGUAAGAGAUGAAGAUCUGGCCAAGGAAACAGCAUUCAACUUGCAGCAAUGUUGUCUCAUAGGUGGAGACAUGCAGGCUGUAAGGAACAUUGCUGAGAAGUGGCUUGUCCUGUGAGCAUAAACAUCAGAUGACA